AGAGUGGGAAUCUAGCGUGUUAAUCACAAAUAACAACAAAAUCGGCGUACACUCAACAGCACCAACACAAUUAGUGGAAUUACCACUACAGCGAGAUAUAUAUAACAACACGCCACUCACUCAACUCGCUGAGCGUCGAGAAGAAUACCUCGAAGCAAGGAAUGUAAUACCGUUUGCAAAAAAUGAGACAGAAAAUCUCCGCAAUGUGGUUAGAGCGACGUAUAGGACGAGUUGUUGCGAUGAUACAUCGAUAUCGGAUGCAGAGGUAGACAAACGCAUGCAAGCGUCUCGGAUAGAUUGGAAUAGGGUAUCUGAUGGUAUGCUAACGUGUAGAUUACCCAGUGAAUGUCGUAUCCGAUGGCAGAACGUUGACAAUCCACGCCUAAAUAACCAACCACUUGACGAUUCAGAUUUAAAGAUAUUAUUAGAGAUAUACGAAAAUCAUAAAGAUAAUAUGGAACAUGACUCUUUGGUAGCCUUCUGGUCGGCAAUUGCCAAAGAUUUCAGCGGGGAAGACACGACGCGUUCAGCUCACUUCUGCAUGAAAGAAGUAGGUAAAUACCUCAGUAGGGACAUAAUAGACAAUCGCAAGUAUAGUAAGAAUAAGAACCUCAAACGAAAAUACUAAAUGGGAUAUUUACACUUGUUUUAUUUUAUACUGGCUGAUAUCCGUAUCCUUAUCAAUUGUCAUCAUAAACAACCGCUUGGCUU